UGAGGCCAAAAGAAAGAAAUCAGGAAGUGUUUUUUUUCUUUCUCUCUCUCUCUCUCACUGGCUUGAAUGCAGCCGUGCACAGUCUUGCCACGGCAGUACUAAGGAGAAGAGCAGCAGCUCUGAGAAGACUAAUCUGAAAGCGCCACAUGAAGAGGUUUGAAGAUGUUUUUGCCACUGGCUUCUGUUGUCUCACUUCUGGCUGUCGUUAUUCCGACCGCCAGUAGCGGGAAGGUCCUUGUAUUUCCACAUGACGGCAGCCACUGGGUGAACAUGAAGGUACUUGUUGAGGGGCUGCAUUUAAAGGGACAUGCUGUGACGGUCAUUCGAGCCAUGGACAGCUGGUACAUCAGUGAGUCGUCUCCACAUUACAACACGAUCACAGUGGAUGUUGCCGGUGGAGGAGAUGAGGAUUUUUUCCGCCUCUUCGUCUCUGAGGUUAUUAAAAUUAAACGAAGCAAGGGGUCUGCAUGGGCCCGUCUUGCUUUGGACCUGGAGUUAAAAGACAAGUUCUUUGAACUGCACAGGAAAAUCUGUGAGGUGAUCGUUCACAUGUUUGAAAAUAAAGACCUAAUGAAGUCUUUUCAAGAAGCAAAGUACGAUGUGGUUUUGACUGACCCUUCUAAUGGUGGUGGAGUAUUGCUGGCCCACUACCUCGGCUUGCCAUUAGUGUUCAAUGCUCGAUGGACUGUUCACGGUGAAGCCCAUUUUGCUAUUGCGCCCUCUCCGCUCUCCUACGUCCCACUUCCACCUUCGGAAUUAACAGAUCAAAUGACUUUCUCCGAGAGGGUCCAAAACGUGGUGUUCUACACUAUGAGGAUGCAUCUGUACAAGCAGACAGUCGGGCCACAUUACAGUGCACUGACCAGCCGAUACAUUGACCCAGAUGUCAGCUACUUUUCCUUGUUUCAAGCUGCAGACCUGUGGCUCAUGAGAGUGGACUUUGUGUUUGAGUUCCCUCGGCCCACCAUGCCUAACGUCGUGUACAUGGGAGGGUUCCAGUGUAAACCUGCUAAACCUCUACCUCAACACUUGGAGGAGUUUGUUCAGAGUUCUGGAGAGCAUGGAGUCAUCAUCAUGUCACUGGGGACUUUGAUUGGAGAACUUCCCCCUGAUUUAGCUGAGGAGAUCGCUGCUGCUUUUGCUAAAAUGCCUCAGAAAGUCAUCUGGAGGUAUAAAGGUGAAAGGCCAGCCACUCUGGGUAACAACACCUUAAUGAUUGACUGGAUGCCACAGAAUGACCUUCUAGGACACCCUAAGAUCAAACUGUUUGUGAGUCACGGGGGAACAAACGGGAUUUAUGAGGCCAUAUAUCACGGUGUUCCAAUUGUAGGCAUCCCCAUUGUGUUUGAUCAAGCCGAUAACCUCUCCAGGCUGAGGGCAAAAAGAGUAGCAAAGGUUAUGAAUGUUGCUGAUUUGGAUAGGCAAAAUUUUCAGGAAGUCAUCCAAGAAGUCCUGAACGAGCCCUCCUACAGGAUGAACAUGCAGAGACUCUCCAGGCUGCACAGAGAUCAGCCAAUAACGCCACUGGAGCGCGCCCUCUUCUGGAUAGAGUUUGUUAUGAGGCACAAAGGUGCAGCUCACCUGAGAACUGAGUCCUACAAAAUGCCCUGGUACUCCUACUACUCUGUAGAUGUUACAUUAUUUUUACUUACAGUCGUACUACUUGUGAUUUUAUUGUUUGCUGGAUUAAUAAAGUUCUGUUUUAGAUUGUGCUUUAAAAGAAAACAGAAAAAUGACUAACCAGGCAAGAGGAACUGAUAAUAUUGGUAUACUUCUAUGUCAUAGUAGGCUUGGCUGUGAUAAGUUGAAUACUGCAUUAAUGGUGUUUUGUACUUGAAGUUUCCUAGAAACAUUUUAUUAGUUUGUUAGUUUCUGUUCUGCUAUGUUCAUUGUCAUUCAUUAUGAAUUGUAUUACUCAGGAGGUGUUUCUGUUAUCUGGCUCGACUUCACUAAUGCAAUACUUGCACUCCAAAAUGAUCCCACAGUCGUAGGUGUGCAAUAAACUUUCAGUUGAGUGGAAAA